UCUGACUCACUCGGCCUCCGGCCCAACCGGUACAGCUGCCACAACCCUGUGGUGGGACCACAUAUAAAGAGAACUGGUCCGCUUUUUUACUGCUAAUAAGCUACGAACACUUUCAUUCAAUGGGUUACUUACACUAUUUAUUGAUCAAACUUAAGUUUCAGCUCAUUCGUGGAAUUAGCGAGCUGGUCCAACUGAUCCUGAUUCGAGCUCGUCUUCCAGGUCCGCAACUGAAGCAAGCGAUCCCCGGUUCAGCACCUUAUUAUGCCUCCUUUUUCUUUCCACCAUCAUACGAAACCAACAGCGGACAAAGAUAUCCGGUUUAUAUACACAUUCAUGGAGGCGGAUUCAUAGGAGGAUGGACCUGCGAAGAUCGCCAAUUCUGCCACUACAUUGCUCAGAACGUAAACUGCGUCGUUAUUUCAAUUGCCUACCGGUUUGCUCCCGAAUACCCAUAUCCCACUGGACUACAUGACUGCCAAGCUGCUGUCAAAUGGAUUCUGCAAGAGUAUCAGCCUACUAAGGUGGCCAUCGGAGGACUUAGCGCAGGAGGCACACUUGCAUUGGGUAUGGUUCAACUGUUCCAAAACACAUUCAGUUCAGUCAUAGCCGCUUACUCUGUAUACGACUUCUCGCGAGGCUCUCAUCACUUGUUCAAAGAGCAGAACCCACUCAUACGGAACAUGUUUCACGAAGCUUACCUUCUGAAUACUAAGGAUACCGAUGAAGAGUUGCGGAACCCCUUACUAUCAGUUCGAUAUAUCCCUGCUGCUCUAUUACCAGAAUCAGUAGUUAUCAUUGCCGCCGAGAACGAACCUAAUAUCAAAGAUAUGGAGCUCUUUGGUAGACGAGUAACACAACAGCGACCUUUAGCUAUCUAUAAGCUCUAUCCCGGUGCCAUGCACGGAUUCAUGAACAUCCCUGACUUUGUUCUUCCCAAGAAAUUAAAGGAUCAGAAAUGGGAUGCUUUCAACCUCAUCACCAAUGAACUGAAGCGGGUGUUCGUAAGCUCAUAACGUUAUGUAAAUUAUUUUUUUACUUUUGUAUACAUCAAAAGGGUACAGUUAUCCUUACACUGUGGAACAUAGUCAUAUGAAGUCUUCCAGACUGCACUCAAACGAUAGCUGGCAGGUAUUGCCGACUUCGUGGUUUUUUACGCAAACCCAUGUGAAAACUUCU